GCUAGAUGUGCGUUGAACUGAGUCAUGCACGAUCUGCGCUCUGCCCACUGAAACAUGUUUGCUUGAUAGCCGUGAUUGAUGCAUGAUUUUUUUUCAGAUUCAUAUUCUCGAGGCUUACAAGGUAGAAAGUCCAGUGAUGGGGCUCUUAGGAAUAACCUCACAAUAUUAAUCGAAAUUGGAAAGAGCAGUCUGGUUGGUGUUGGUAGUGGAGAGGUGUACUUAAUGCUGAAAGAUUGAUGAUCUUAGAUUAACGGAUGCUUGGGUCUAUGUGUUGAGUGGAGAUGGGAGUUUUGGUGAGAAUGCUGUGUACUGUUUAAAGAAGGCCGUUUUAUGUGUUCUGCUGGAUGUCAAGGAGGCGCCGUGAUGGAUUAAGACAUUUGACGAUAUGGUGAGAUGAGAUAAGAAGCCCACAGUCGAAGUACAAACUGUCCCAUGAGAGAGUCACCACAAUAAAAAUCAAGAGACGAAUGUUACUCAUCGAUCGAAAUUUUGUGAGUGAGAAAGAAAACUUGAUCACCGGAUCUUCUGUGAACCGACAGGUUUUUAGCUUCUGUGGAGCACAACUAUCGAACUGUGGUUUCUUUUUGGAACCAAAUAAGGUCUCAAAGGCACAACGGCUUUGCAUAUGGGGCUCAUGUUACUCUCAAAGCACUACUCUUCAAAUCGAUGUGUGUGGAGCAUUUGUGUGGGUAGUAGAGCACAACGUAUUACUCUCGCGUUGUAGCGUGCCAUUUUGCAGGACAGAGAAAGCCUGUGUACUCGAAAACUAUUUUAUUUUGGAGAGUUUGUUUUGCAUUGUGGAUGAAACAUCCAUCAUUAAUGGAUUUUUUUUUGUGUGACGGGUUGUGUGGUGUGGAGUGGUUGCCCGGACAGUCAAACUUUAUUUGAGGGAAGUAAACCAACUAACUUGAAUGAAUUGGAUAGCGAAAGCUGUGAAAACCAAAGACACUUGAAAGAGCUCUGAUCUAUGUGGACGAAAAUAUCGUUCAUUGUGGAUUGGACUUUUUUGUGACGGGGUUUGUGGUGUGGUGUGGUUGCCCUGACAGUCAAACUUUAUUUGAGGGACCUAACUAAUUUGAAUGAAUUUGAAUAACGACAGUUAUUGAUACCAAAGACACAUGAGAGCUUGUGUUACAUCGUGGAUAAAAACAUCACCCACUGUGGGUUCGACUUUUUUGUGACGGGGAUUUGUGGUGUGGAGUGGUUGCCCGGACAGUCAAACUUUAUUUGAGGGACCUAACUAAUUUGAAUGAAUUUGAAUAACGACAGUUAUUGAUACCAAAGACACAUGAGAGCUUGUGUUACAUCAUGGAUAAAAACAUCACCCACUGUGGGUUCGACUUUUUUGUGACGGGGAUUUGUGGUGUGGAGUGGUUGCCCGGACAGUCAAACUUCAUUUGAGGGACCCAGCUAAUUUGAAUGAAUUGGAUAACGAAAGUUAUUGAUACCAAAAACACAUGAGAGCUUGUGUUACAUCGUGGAUAAAAACAUCACCCACUGUGGGUUCGACUUUUUUUGUGAAGGGUUUUGAGGUGUGGAGUGGUUGCUCGGACAGUCUAUUUGAGGGGAACUAAUUUAUGUUAUUCAAUUAUAUACCGAAGUAUAUGGUUACGAACAGCACGUUAAAGUGUUUUGAUCUUCAUGCAGCGUUCAGAUCAAGUUCUUCUCACGCUCUUGAGCUCGUGGGAUCCUCGCCUUUACCGAACCGUCUAUUUCAAAUUUAUUAAAUUUACUUCAAAAAAGAGAGAGAAAAAAAGGCCAUUCAACUCUACACAAUGGCAAUUGAGAUGAGCCAAUUUGUAACUUGAAUGGAGACUAAUUUGAUUGACAAUGAACGCAUUGAGAAGAGACUAGCUAAAUUAGCCAAGAGACCAGACGGUUUCUAAUCAGCCGGUCACGGAGGGCUGUAGCUAAUAGUGUCUGGCAGUGCACAGAUACAUUUCUCCAUUGUGAAGGGAAGACCUUCUCCACAACACAACAAACCCAGACAGUCUUUACAAAUUUCAGAAAUCUAAUUACCAUGUGCCCCCCCCCCCAAUAUUGGCCCGAACAUUGUCUCCGUACCAUUGCGUGAUGUUGAACAACAGACGCGAACUCGCGAGAGUAAUGCUAAACUAAUUAAGUACCUAUCAGUGUUGUAAUGCAAUUGAAAGUCGGGGAAUUUAAAUUUGGGAAGCUAAUUUUUUCCGUUUUGAGUUUCCUCGUGGCGAAAAGAAUAAAUGCUGAUUGGAAACUACGGAUGAUGAGGAAAAUCAAGCAAAUUGUAAUUACCGGGUGUUAACAAGAAGUAUACGACGCGUCUUAAUGCAGCACUUACUAAGACAUUACUGGUGGUUGAUGAGCAAAUAGCAAGACACGGACAUUGUUCUGUUUAAGCUCUGGAUCCAAACGCAAGAGAUUGAUCAAACGCAUUGUGAGGAAGACUACAAAUAACUUCGUCUUAAGACCGCAAAUAACAAGACGUUUAUGGUUGAACAAAUAGCGGGACCCGACCAUGAUUCUUUUAAGCUGUUGAUCCAAACGCGAGAUUGAACAUUAUGCAUUGCGAGGAAGACUGCAUCUAGGUUGCUGAGAAAAAAAGGUUGGAUUGGAGACUACAGUUGAUGAGGACAUUCUACAAAAGUUGUAUUACUGUUGUUAAUAACCAGAAACACCGGACGUCUUAAGGAUGUACACCAAUACAUUGGUGUUUGAACGAAGCAGAACCCAAAACACAAUUGUUUUUCUAGUUGUAGAGAAUUGCCAUCCUCAACAAGAAAUUCCUGAUUUAAAAAAAAAGGAUUCUCUUUUUUCUGAGUCCAUUUAGAGAACACUUAAUUUCCCCAAUUGAAAAUCACUACGAUAGAUGCAAUUUUGAUGUACAGACAAAAAAAAACAGGACACGAGCAUUAUUCUGUUACUGUUCUCGAUUCAAACGCGAGAGAUUGAUCAAAUAUUUUUUGAGAAAGACUACACUUAACUACGUGUUAAGACCGACAAAAAUCAAGACAUAGAUUGUUGAACAAACAGCGGGACUCGAACAUUAUUCCGUUGAGCUGUGGAUCCAAACGCGAGAUUGUCGUCAAAUACAUUCUGAUAGGAAAGAGUGCACUUGUGUUACUACGGAAAAGCCGUUAAUCAUCACAGCAAUGUAAACGCGAUCCGUGUUCCUUUCCUGUCAUGACUGAUGUUACAGACGGUGGCAACUGAGAGAUAAAAGUCACCAUGGAAACCACUAUACAAACCAACAUUUCAUCUGAAGUCACUUUAACUGACCCAUCAACAGACAUUGUGUUGGGUGCAAUCUAUGGUAUCAUCGGUUGUCUCGGUAUACUUGGUAACCUAUUGGUGUGUACUGUGUUCCUGAUGCGGCGUAAAGUUUUCAGCUCAACGACAAAUUUGCUUAUACUCAACCAAUCCACAAUUGAUCUUGCUGACUCGAUUUUUUACUUGGUUUUACGUUUUGGACCGCAACUGUCGGAGCAAGGUGACAACAUAUGGGGGGAGCUGGCUUGUAGGAUAUGGUUUUCUGAGUAUGUUAUUUGGUCGUUGUUCGUAGCGUCUACGGUGAAUCUAUUGUUUGUUUCACUCGAGAGGUACUUCGCGAUCUGCCACGCCGUGAAACACCGUAAAAUAUUCACUACGCGACGGGCGAACAUUGGCCGUGUAGUGGUCUGGAUCAUCGGCUUCAGCUACCAGUCGUACUGGGCCGCCUUGCAUAGAUUGGAAGAUGGGAAAUGCUACGCUCACUGGCCGACACCAACCAUACAAAAAAUUGGUGGGGUGUUCUUCUUCGCCUGCGAGUACCUCAUCCCGUUGAUAAUAAUGUCCUUCAGUUACGCAAAUAUCGUCAUCAUGCUACGACGUAAGAGCAAACGUGACAACAAAGAGGUGAACACGUUCCAGCGUGCGAAGCGUAACGUAACAGUUACGCUGUGCGUUGUGUUCUUGUCGUACAGCGUCUGUUGGACACCGACGGAAAUUGCGUAUCUGUUGUAUAAUCUGGGUGGGGAUUACGACUUCGAAAGUGUCCUACAUCGUAUAUUUACGGCUCUGGUACUGGGAAACAUGUGUGUCAACCCUAUUAUUUACGUCUUUAAAUAUGAACGUUUUCAAGUUGAGUUAAGGAGGAUAUUUUGCAAGCACAAUCGCAUUGGGGAUCCGAGCCUUGGCGGCGGGUCAACAGUUCGAACUGUCGCCGGUGGAGGGCACAAUUCAGACGGCGAGGGUCCCAGCACUGUACAGUAAAUUAAGUAAACGGUCUAUUAACACUUGUCUCCUUAAAGGAACACGUUGCCUUGGAUCGGACGAGUCGGUCUUUGAAAAGCGUUUG